AAUAUUGCAGGUGGUUGUGGCGCUAUGUUCCAAAUUAAUGUUGAAAGUGAAGUUUUUCGUGGGAAACGGAUCAUACAACAACAUAAAUUAGUUACACAGGCCUUAGAAGAAGAAAUAAAAGAUAUGCAUGGUUUACAGAUCACUACCAGAGUACCACCAGUAAAAUAA